AUGAACACCUACGGCCAGAACUACAUAGCAAAGCCGCGGUUCAAUCCGAAAAUAGCCCAUCUAGCGUGCCGGACGUGCGGCGAGAAGGGCCAUUUGGCCGCGGAUCAUUUUACUGGAAACGCCAAGAUGAACGCACUGGACGCCGUUGAUGAGCGCCCAGAAGCGGAACAUGAGGCGGUGCCGGACGGCGCCGCGACUGAGGAAGCCCCGCCAGACGAGGCAGAAAACGAUGAAACAUAUUACCUAGAGGCCUAUGAGGCUCACCAAGGCAACGAAUAUACUGACGAUUAUUCGUCUGACGGAGGUGAAGUCGUGUUCAUGAAUGAAUUGCUUGUGGGCGACGAUAACGCCCACAAUGAUGGACGCGACCCAGCGCCAUUCGCGUACGCAGAACCUUCCCGAAAAGCUCAUUACGACGCCGUAGUUGGGCUGCCGUUCUGCGCGAAGCACGGCAUUACCGUGAUACCGGAGCGGCGGACAAUCAAACUCAGGGACGGGACGCUUAUUCCCGCCGAAUUAGAAGGGGGAAGGAGUGGUGGCGGCGACAAAUGGGCCAAGCCCGUCGAAGCCAAGCCUCGUUCCUUUCGGAAACAAACCUAA